AUGCACACGGUUAGGUGGCGACGCCAAAUAAAGGCGUCGAAGUUGCUUGUCCGGUCAGCUCCGACGACCGAUGGAUUUGUGCGGGGGCUCUGUGGAUCAGGUGCAGUGCUGGGCAGGGCUGUGGUGACGGCGAAGACAACCAGAGCGUCGGUGGUGCUUGGAGGAACCCUAUCCCUCUCCCUGAUCCAGAUCCUCCACCCACCUCCCUCUCCCCUCGCCGCGGCCUCCCACCACGGCUCCCCGAUCCAAAUCCUUUGUUGGGGGGGGGGCAUCUGGCUGGCGUCGCGGGUGAACACCACCGACUGCAUCCGCUUCCUGCAGUGGCCAAUCAUCAACAUCACGCUCGCCGUCAUGGUCGUCUCCCUCAUGGGCUUCACCGGCGUCUGCUACCGCCAGACCUGGCUACUAUGCAUCUACCUCUUUGCCAUGUUCUUCGUCGUUGUCGCCCUCCUCUUCUUCAUCGUCUUCGCCUUCGCUGUCACCGACCGCGGGGAGGGCCAGGUGGUCAUGUAUCGCCGCUUCCUCGAGUACGAGCUCUCCGACUACAAUGGAUGGCUCCGCGGCCGCGUCGCCGACCUUGACUACUGGGCCACCAUCAGCGCAUGCCUCCGCGACGGCCAUGCCUGCCGCUCCAUGCGCCGCCCCGCCCGCGACCCCAACACCGGCAUGCUCGUCCCCGAGCCCGCCAUCAUGUUCUACGGCUGCGACCUCUCCCCGAUUCAGGUCCCUUCUCCCUCCCAAGAUUCACUUCCAUCAUCUUACCUCGCGCACCAUUUCCAUGCGAUUCUUGGCUAA